AUGAAACGAACAAAGCAGCCAUCAACCAUUAGUAAGAAAUUGACAAGUGUUCCAGAAUUACCUUAUAAAAAAGGACUACUGAAUUCAUCACCUAAGCCAAAAGAAAAUCGUAAUGCCAAGCCAACACAUGAUAAAAUUGAACCAAUGGUCCUGGGGUCUCCACCCACAGGAGAAUCAAUUGUACGGUAUGCCUUGCCAAUACCAUCAAGUAAAACAAAGGACUUAAUAACAGAAGAUGAAAUGGUCCGGAAGAUUGUCAAACACCUGAAGAUGGUUGUUUCUUCUUUGGAAGACACCUAUGGAGCUUUCAGUGAAGAUGGAGAAAAAGCAAGAGUGAAACCUGCGGAGGAAGACUUAUCUUUAUCUGUUGGUGAUGAUAUGAAUGCUUUUUUGUUGUGCUGUUCACAAUUUGCGGCUCAGCUGGAGGAAGCAGUUAAGGAAGAACGUAAUAUUUUGGAGUCUCUUUUUAAGUGGUUUCAACAACAAGUCAACCAAAUGGAAGAGAUAGGUAAAGACCAAAGUAUUUUAGAAAGAGAUCUUCCAUCAGAUGAUAAAUCAGUCAAUUUAAGCAUUGCACAAAUAGCAAAGCUAAUGCAUAAAGUUGAAGAUCUGAAAGCUCGCCUAAAGAGCUCCACACUGCCUAAACGCAUGGACAAAAAGACUUUAUCAGAAUCAAUGAAAAAUUAUGAAGCUGUGGGAAAGCAAAUUGAAGAGUUCAUAAAGUCCCAUUCAGCUUUAGAAUCUGAAGUUGUUUCUGAAACUGAUCGAGAAACUCCUUAUUCAAUGACUAAUCGGAUGAAUGUGAUGAUUAAAAUGUUUGAAAAUCAGACAAGUAUGUUAGAGAGAGCUUUAAAUGAUCAGAGUAUAAUUGAGACAAGAUAUAAACAGAUGGAAGCUGAUUUUCAAGUGUUAAUAUUGGAGAAAAUCCUGCUGGAAAAUGAAAUACGAAAAUUGAAAGAUACAGAGAAACCAAAGCUUCCAAGCAAGAAACCCGCAAAAUCAGAAAAGAAAAAAGAUAAAGAUUCAGAAAGGUAA